CUCAAGUCGAGGACGAAAUACGGAUAUACCUGAACUACACGUGUAAAACACGACGGAUACAGCUCGACGCCUACUACGAUAUAUCCAAUCACUUAGACUGAGGACAGGAAGAAGAGGCUCGCUUUACGUCCAGUCGGUCUAAAGAUGUCAAAGUCAAAGAAGAGAGCUGCGCCCAGCGAAGAGGGCUCACGGAAGCCCAAGAAACAGAAGAAGUCUCCGUAUCAGGUGGACGAGAGCCUUCUGAACGUCGAGGCGGGAAUCAACGAGUCCUUCGCGGUCAUGGACAGUCAGCUGCUUGCCGACUAUACGGCGCAGAAGAUCACCAGAUUUGGCUCGGAUCUUAGCUCGAUCGAAGUGGCUGAUCUCACAAUAUCCGCGAACGCCAUUAUGGACACGACAUCCUGGCAGAGUCCUAGGACCAUGGAGAACUUGGCGGCGUUUCUCGAAAAGUUCGCGGAGAGGCCUGAGAGGUUAAGCACCGCGCCUGAGGUGAAGGGGAGCCCCCAUACCAUUAUUGUGACGGGGGCCGGCCUGCGAGCUGCCGAUCUAGUGAGAGCGGCGAGGAAGUUUCAAGGCGAGAAAAGCAAGGUGGCGAAGCUGUUUGCCAAGCACAUGAAAAUUGAGGAGCAGACCAAGUUUCUGCAAACGCAUCGGACUGGCAUCGCGGUGGGCACACCUGCCCGGUUAAUGGACCUGGUGGACAACGGAGCCCUUUCGGUGGCCAAGUUGGAACGCAUCGUGGUGGAUGUGUCGCACAUUGAUGGGAAGAAACGCGGAGUCAUGGACAUGAAAGACACGAUGCUGCCACUGGCUCGUUGGUUGACACGGAAGGAGUUUAAGGAGAGGUACGCAGCGGAGAAGAAGCCGUUGGCGUUGUUGUUUUACUGA